AUGUACGCGUGGCUAUUCUGUCCGGUUCAGGCAUACGCUAAACCCCAGACCUUCCGCAAAAGUGUCCAACCGGAAAGAGGGUCAGGGGCUGCCCGAAGCGAGUACAGUUUUGCCAACAAUCAGACUUGGGUCCGGACUACGAAUCGAUCAUUCAGCUUCGUCGACGAGACAGAAGAUGUUGUCAACAUUCACGCCUCUAGCGUCCCAAACGGCGAAGGUGACGGCCAGAACAAUGUGUAUCUCGGGGCGCCACGCCGGGCUGACUCUCCGGAUUACCUGGCUUUGCUCUCGGCGCCGAACUCACCGGUGCCGGAGCUAAGUUCCCAAAAAUCGGAUUUGAGCACCCGAGGCUCUCACGGCGAUCUACGCGGCGCGGAUAGAAGGCAACGGCCAACUAGACCGAGACGAUCGACAAACUCAACGACUUCCGAGGCGGUGAAUCGCUCACCAAAGCUUCAGACUCAUGCUGAAACACCAAGCUCGAACGCAAAUACGACCACCUCUUCCAUCGUGAUCCCAUGGGAGCGCCUCGAUCUCGGAAGCGAGAUCACCUUGGAUUUCCCAAACAUCCAUCUCGCCCUCGAACCGAUUGAACCAAAUUUCGACAACACUCUUACCCCUCAUGACCGAACGUACGUCGAAACGCCUUUAUGGCCUCUGCGAGACCGCCAAGAGGCCUUCUUGUACCGAUACUUCAUCGACAGCCUAGCGCCGCUUUUUGACAUGUGCGACAGCGGGAGGCACUUUGCGAGGGUAGUCCCCAAACGAGCGGUGUAUUGUCCAACUUUACUCAAUGCCAUGUUUUCGGCUGCAGCGAAGCGACUGAGUCGUACAAUGGGCAUUGAUGCCGUUAUUGCGGAUAGAUACCACCAAAGAUGCCUUCGGUCAUUGAUUCCGGCUUUGUCUUCAUCGACUGCAGUAGUUGACGACAACUUGCUUGCGGCUGUGGUGAUCCUUCGGUUCACGGAAGAGGUCGACAUCGGUUCCAUGACACUCGAAUCUCAUUUGAUGGGCACCAGGAUUCUUCUAGCCGCGCAGGCGAAUGCAGCCGACUUCAGUAGUCUUCGACUGUCGGCAUUCUGGCUGGCGCUCCGGCAGGAGAUUUACAUGGCUUUCGUUCACACUCGGCCCGUGCACCCGAACUUCUUUCCGAGCAUCCGAAGGAUAUUGGAACGUAAAGACGCUGACGAUACUACGGCGGACUGCUACUACGCAAACAAGGUCAUAGGUGUAUGCGCGGCAUGCCUUAGCCAUUGCUACGGCCAAGAGAACCACCACGGAAAGUCGUACGUCGAGUUGAAGCAAGAGCUGGAGGACUGGUGGAGGGAAAAGCCGUGGUACUUUCAACCCAUGUGGGCGAACCAGGACGCCGGUUUGUUCCUUCCGGAGGAACAAUACAUUACAGAUGCCGCGGUCACCGGUUUGCAACACUAUCAUCUGUCGCGCAUGUUGUUGAUUGCACACAAUCCCAAGGUUCCGAGGCUCGGAACCGCUUUCCGAGUGAUGGAGGAAGAAUUGAAGCAAACUGUCCGAGUGAUAUGCGGGCUUGCAGUGGCAAACGAACGAACGGCACCGGCUCAUGUCAACGGGUGUAUAGCUAUUGCAAUGGCAGGCGACCGGUUCACCGACCGAAAAGAACAGGAGGAGUUGUACAGAAUCCUCUUAAAAACCGAUAGAAGACUAGGAUGGCCUACUCACGCAGCACGAGCCCAACUUAGAGAGGCUUGGGGGUGGGAAGAAGACUCGCCCUCGCCCCCAUCCAUGCCCAUUGCCGGCAUGUUGAACGCCAAUGCCCGGGCGCGCGACGCGGAGAGCACAUAA